GCUAAGAACUUUCCCGUUUCAAAUUUUCUCCUUCAACUAAAAUUGAAACUACAAUCGAAAAACUGACUGCUUAUUUGCAUGUAUUCCUUUUCUGCAGAUUUUCAAACAGUACAGUGCCCAUUUUCUUCACGAAUAUCACGGAAUUCCUUUGAAAACAAUUGCCGUUACCAAGACUGUGGAACUUGAUGUAUUCAAGGUUAAUCAUGGACGUCAAGUUGCAUCUGUGCCUUUUGCUGAGUGUUUUUGGAGCCAUUAGCUGCUCCCCAGCUUGCAAGAAUCUGCUGUUUGGAGUGACAAAUGGUAAACUCUACGCGAGAACUCCUCCCCAAUAUGCCAAAGACAAUUGGCUUGGAUCAGCCAGAGUAAUAGGGACAGCGGGUUGGAAUGACUUCCAAUUCCUGUUCUUCCACCCAGAUGGUACCUUAUAUGGUGUUUGGAAUGGCAAGUUCUACAAGGGGCCACCUCGUCAGGGCUCCUGGGCCGCAGACUGGAUCAAAAAAGCCACCCAGAUUGGAAGUGGUUGGAACGCCUUCAAGUUCCUCUUCUUUGAUCCUAAGGGAGUGCUGUAUGGCGUUUAUGGAAAUAAGUUGUACAAAAGGUUCCCACCAACUUCCCGUCGUGACAACUGGAUUAGAUCCGCCACACUGGUGGGGUCAGGUCGAUGGUCGGUCUUUCAGUUUCUCUUCUUCGACCCACGGGGAAUCUUAUACGGCGUGGAAAACGGCAAGUUUCUCAAGAGGGCUCCUCCCAAAUUUGCGAGUGACAACUGGCUACGAUCAGCCACACUCAUUGGCACUGGCGGCUGGAAUCGUUUUCAGUUCCUUUUCUUCAUGGCUGAUGGUGACUUGUACGGCGUUCACAGUGGCAGGUUCUACAAACGAUCAGUCCCAACCCAUAGAGGUGAUAACUGGUUGCGCUCCGCGAAGAUGAUUGGCACAGGUGGCUGGUCUGUGUUCAAAUACCUGAUGUCGCCUCUGCAACAGUGCAGGCAGUAGAUGGGAACACACAUCGGAUUAAAAUAUAGACUGUCAAACGUAACUGUAAUGGUCACUAGAUCAGUAAAUGGUUUAUGGGUUUCUUUCUUUGUACGAGUUAAUACCAAGAAAUAAAAGGGGAAUGACGAACA